CAUGCCCCAGAAAGAAUUCUGUCCAAAGAGCUAUCAAGAGUCUCCUGCUGGGACUCAAGACCCCUCCGCUGUACAUCUUCGCUCAAGCCCGCAAGAGCGAUCCUUUGACUUCUCCUUUGAGCCAAUCCGUGAAAACCUAUUCAGAGUCACCUUCUCUUCUCAAACCCAUCCUCUUCCUCCUUAUCCCAGUGUGGCCAAGCCAACAACCAAUCUGAACGACGUUCACGUAUCUGCAACGAGCGACCACAGCCAGAAGACAAUUGAGGUCGGGGAUGUAACAGCCUCCGUUGAGUGGACCAAUACUCCGGUCGUCUCGCUAUCAUGGAAGGGCUCGAAGAAGCCCUUGUAUCGCGAUCUACCUCUGCGUUCCUAUGUCGCUGACGCAACUGGUAUCGCUCAUUAUACAGAGCAUGACCGCGAUGCUCUUCAUGUUGGAUUGGGGGAAAAGAGGGCCCCCAUGGAUCUCACUGGACGCCAUUUCCAGCUCUCGGCCACAGACAGCUUCGGAUAUGACGUCUACAACACCGACCCUCUAUACAAACACAUUCCUCUGCUGAUCAAAGCUUCUCCUGAUGGGUGCGUGGCUAUUUUCUCAACGACCCAUGGCAGAGGCACCUGGUCCGUUGGUUCGGAAGUUGACGGCCUCUGGGGCCAUUUCAAAAUCUACCGUCAAGACUAUGGUGGACUCGAGCAAUAUCUCAUUGUCGGGAAGACCCUCAAGGACGUUGUGAGAUCCUAUGCAGAGCUGGUCGGUCUUCCCAUUCUUGUUCCCAGAUGGGCAUAUGGGUACAUCUCAGGCGGAUACAAGUACACCAUGCUGGACGACCCGCCUGCGCACCUAGCCCUGAUGGAAUUCGCGGACAAGCUGAAAGAGCACGGAAUCCCCUGCUCCGCGCAUCAAAUGAGCUCUGGAUAUUCCAUCGCAGAAACUGAGCCGAAGGUCCGCAAUGUCUUCACCUGGAACAAGCAUCGGUUCCCCAACCCGGAAGAGUGGAUUGCCAAGUACCACUCUCGGGGCAUUCGUCUACUCUCAAACAUCAAGCCGUUCCUGCUCGCCUCCCACCCCGAUUUUAAGAAACUUGUUGAUGCAAAUGGAUUUUUCAAAGACCCUGAUACUAACAAACCGGGCUAUAUGCGACUGUGGAGUGCUGGAGGCGCAACUGGAGGUGAUGGAUGUCAUAUCGACUUCUCCUCAUCCGUUGCGUUCAAGUGGUGGUAUGAUGGAGUUCAAAGCCUGAAACGUGCCGGAAUAGAUGCCAUGUGGAAUGACAACAACGAGUACACGCUUCCAAAUGAUGAUUGGAAGUUGGCCCUGGAUGAGCAGACCGUCUCCGAAGCCGCCAGAAAGGGUGCUGAGAACUCUGUUGGACUCUGGGGGCGGGCUAUUCAUACCGAGCUCAUGGGCAAAGCCUCCCACGACGCUUUGCUUAAUCUCGAGCCCAAUCAGAGACCUUUCGUCUUGACCCGGAGUGCCACCGCAGGCACAAUGCGCUACGCUGCAAGCACCUGGAGCGGGGAUAACGUUACCAGCUGGGAAGGCAUGAAGGGAGCAAACGCUUUGUCCCUCAGUGCAGGCAUCUCUCUCCUGCAGUGCUGCGGUCAUGAUAUUGGAGGAUUCGAAGGACCCCAGCCUUCUGCCGAACUGCUUCGCCGAUGGAUCCAGUUGGGCAUCCACUCGCCCCGUUUCGCCAUCAACUGCUUCAAGACAUCCCCUGGAAACAGCUCAGUCGGAGAGGUCAUCGAGCCCUGGAUGUACCCCGAGAUCACGCCUCUUGUCAGGGACACCAUCAAGCGUCGUUACGAGAUCCUUCCCUAUAUCUACUCUCUCGGUCUAGAGAGCCAUCUGACCGCUUCUCCACCCCAACGCUGGGUGGGCUGGGGCUAUGAAUCCGACCCAGAAGUCUGGACGAAGACUCUCAAGUCCGGAGACGAGCAGUUCUGGUUUGGUGACUCCAUCCUAGUCGGAGGCGUCUACCAGCCUGGCGUAAGCAUCGCCAAGAUGUACCUUCCCCGAAAGGCGAAUGACCUGUUCGACUUUGGGUAUGUGAACAUAAACGAGCCCUAUAACUACCUCGCUUCCGGACAAUGGGUUGAAGUCUCCUCCGAAUGGAGGAAGAGCAUCCCCCUCCUGGCCAAGAUCGGUGGUGCCAUCCCCGUCGGAAAGUCCGUCCAUACCCGGGUGCCUGGCGAUGAGACUCCGGCCUCUGUGGCCGUGGAAGAGAUUGACGAUUACAGAGGAGUCGAGAUCUUCCCUCCCCGUGCCAGUUCUCAUGGACAAGUCUUCAGUACCACCUGGUUCGAAGACGAUGGAAUCUCGCUUAAUCCGAGCAUCUCACAGUACACUAUCAAAUAUAGCUCCACAGAAGAGAAGGUCGUCGUUGGGUUCACCCGUGAUGAGAAAUCCGGGUUUGUUCCUGCUUGGAAGGAGCUUGAUAUCAUCCUUCAUAACGGUGAUGAGAGACGCGUUGAUUCCGAUAUUGGGAAGCCGGUGGAAUACAAGGGGAAGGACUCUCGCGGCCGGGUGGUGUAUACCUUGAAGAACUAGGGUACAUUGAUGCUGGUUCGUAACCCUUUCUUGUUUUCAGCAUUGCAGGUGGGGAUUCACGAAAAUGUCACUGCAUCAUGAUAAUGUGAGGGGCGUUUGAAAAUAGAGAAGAAUGAGUUCCAAAAACAUGUAUGCUGCGACAGAAGUAGACCUAUUUUUAGUUAGACUAGCAUGUCAGCCAAGC